AUGGUUAUAUCAGUGGAGUACACAACCGGUCCGCCCAUUUACCGGGUCCCCAAAGGCCGCAUGGUUCUUGGAGAAGGCCCAAUCUACCGAGCCAGUGAUUCCACUCUGCAUUGGUUUGAUCCACUUGAUUCGCCUAGUGAGCUAUACAUUCUGCCGGUGGACCCAGACACUGGCUCGCCACAAGGCGAAGUGAAAGUGUUCACCCUUGAGGAUAGCAUCACUGUCGCUGCAUUUCGCAAGAAUAAGCCUGGCAGCUACAUUGCUGCAUAUUAUCAGGGUGUCUGCUUCCUGGAUGAAGCAACCGGUAAAUUCGAGAUUUUGCGCGAGAUUAUUCUGACCUCUGAGCGCGAUCGGCUCAGAUUCAACGAUGGUGGCGUCGAUGCUGCUGGACGUUUCUGGUUAGCAGAGAUUGAUAUCACGGCCACCAAGUUCCCACUUGGUCAAAUCCCCGAGAAUUAUAAGCCGCGGGGACGAUUAUGGAGAUAUGAUCCGGAUGGCAGCUUGCACCUCAUGCUCUCUGGAGGACUCGUCUGUGGCAAUGGGGUAAAAUGGAGCCAGGACAAUAAAACAAUGUACUUGAAUGACUCUGUUGGACAAAAAAUCACUGCCCUGGAUUUCGAUCUUGCAACUGGCGCUCUGUCAAAUCAGCGCACUUUGGUCGAUUUCAAGGGAACUACCUCAGAGCCGGAUGGAAUGGUCAUUGAUAACAACGGCAACCUAUGGGUCUCUGUCUAUGGAUCUAGUCAUCUCAUGCACUUCAGCCCCGAGGGCAAGCUCUUGGAGCAAGUCAAAUUGCCAGCCAUGUGCCUAACCUGCCCGACAUGGGGUGGGAAGAACUAUGACAUCCUCUAUAUCACCACCGCAAAAGAUCGCUCUGAAAACCCUGAUCCAAAUGAUGAUGGCGGCCAGAUUUACAAGUUCCGUCCCGACGGUGCCAGGGGGCAGCCUAAUCAUGAAUUUGCGGGAUGA